UCCCUAAAAAAUGAAAGCUAAGGGACCAGAGAUAAAUAUUGAAGGCCCUGACGUUAAAGGUGGAAAGCUAAACAUGCCAUCACUUGAUGUUUCUCUGCCCAAAGUAAAAUCUCCCGAUGUAGAUGUCAGCCUUGAGGGUCCUGAUAUAAAAGGAGGAAAAGUCAACAUCCCGACUGUUGACAUUUCACUUCCCAAAGGUAAAGUUGAGGGUGACAUAAAUGUUGAAGGACCUGAGGUGAAAGGAGGGAAAUUUAAAAUGCCGAAAUUUGAUGUUUCCUUGCCAAAAGUCAGUCUCCCGAAGGUUGAUGCCAGUGUGGAAGGACCAGAUAUGAAAGGAAAAAUUGAAAUGCCAAGUGUUGAUAUUUCUCUUCCAAAAGGAAAGGUAAAGGGAGAUGUUGACAUUGAUGGGCACAGUGGUAAAGGAGGAAAGUUUCACAUGCCCUCACUUGAUAUCUCUCUUCCUAAAAUCAAAGCAAAGGGAGUUGAUGUUGAUAUUGAAGGACCUGAAGUCAAAGGUGACAUGUCACUCCCUAAAAUUAAGUCUCCAGAGAUAGAUGUUAGCCUCCAGGGUCCUGAAGUUAAAGGGGGAAAGUUUAACUUGCCGGCUGUUGACAUUUCACUUCCUAAAGGAAAAGCUGAUGCCGACCUCAGCAUUGAGGGUCCUGAGGUAAAAGGAGGGAAAUUCAAAAUGCCCAAAUUUGACGCUUCACUUCCAAAGAUGAAUCUGCCAGAGGGCAAUGUGGAAAUGCCAACAGUUGAUAUUUCACUCCCAAAAGGAAAAGUGAAGGGAGAUAUUGACAUUGAUGGGCACAGUGGUAAAGGAGGAAAGUUUCAUAUGCCAUCGUUUGAUAUCUCUCUUCCUAAAAUAAAAGCAAAGGGAGUUGAUGUUGAUAUCCAAAGACCUGAACUUAAAGGUGACAUUUCACUUCCAAAAGGAAAAGUUGAGGGUGACUUAAAUGUUGAAGGCCCUGAUGUAAAAGGAGGCAAAUUUAAAAUGCCAAAAUUUGAUGUCUCGUUGCCAAAAGUUAAUCUCCCAGAGGGCGAUGUCAAAAUAAAAGGCCCAGACUUCAAGGGAGGGAGGAUUGAAAUGCCAGACAUGGAUAUUUCUCUUCCCAAAGGAAAAGCAGGAGGAGACAUUGAAGUUGAGGGACAUGCUGGCAAAGGAGGC